AGUGCUAGAAGUGUAACAGAGCCAUGGCAUCCCAGAUUGUAAGAGAAUGGCUUGGGAUAAACAGUUUUGCGCCUGCCACGCAGACUAAGUUGCUUGAAUUGCUCGGAAAGCUCAACCAAGAGAAUGUGGACAGUUUGACAAUUCUUGUUAUGGGGAAAGGUGGGGUUGGGAAAUCAUCCACUGUGAACUCGCUCAUUGGUGAAAGGGCUGUUUCUAUUAGUCCUUUUCAGUCUGAAGGAAUCAGAGCUGUGAUGGUUUCCCGCUCAAGAGCAGGAUUUACCCUAAACAUCAUUGACACCCCUGGGCUCAUUGAAGGAGGAUAUAUUAAUGACAUGGCACUUAAUAAUAUAAAAAGUUUCCUUCUGAACAAGACCAUAGAUGUUCUACUCUAUGUGGAUCGAUUGGAUGCAUAUAGAGUGGAUAACUUGGAUAGGGAGGUUGUCAAAGCCAUUACGGAUACUUUUGGAAAGGGGAUAUGGAAUAGGGCUUUGGUUGUCCUGACACACGCACAGCUCACACCACCAGAUGGUCUACCUUAUGAUGAGUUUGUCUCCAAAAGAUCAGAAGCUCUUCUAAAAGCUGUUCGUCUUGGUGCUGGGUUAAGAAAACAGGAAGUGCAGGGCUCUACUAUUCCUGUUGUUUUGGUUGAGAACAGUGGGAGAUGCAGCAAGAAUGAAAAGGAUGAAAAGGUUCUUCCAAACGAAACUGCUUGGAUACCUCAUGUUGUCCAAACAAUCAUAGAAGUCAUCUUGGGUGGAAGCAAAUCAAUUUUUGUAGACCAGAAGUUGAUUGACGGGCCAAACCCAAAUGCUAGAGGGAAAUUCCUCAUUCCUGUAAUUGCGGCGCUCCAGUACUUCUUUGUGGUUAAACCAAUAGAACGUCGGAUCAGGAGUGACAUUGCAAGUGAGAGCAGACCAUCCUGGGAAUACCGCUAGUCACAAGUACUAACUUGGUUUUGGGCCAUCUAUAUUCUUGAAAGCUUCUUGUGCUGAUCAUCUCUGUUCUUCACUCUUUUCUGGGUAGCAGUUUGAGCAGUCAUUGUGAUGCAGUAUGAAUAUUCUGCGGCAUAUGGAUCUUUUAGUAUGUUGAGAAAAUCAGAUUUUAUCCUUAAGAUAUAUUAUUAUUAUUCCAGUUUGUAGUUAAUAUUGCUUAUGUUGAAAAUCACGCCAGCAAAUGUCGUUCUGAUUAAUGAUUACUUGGAUCAUUUAAGCAUUUCUGAAUUUUUGUUCUUCC